AUGCCCCUGGCCGCUCCGAGCCUGAGCUCCAGGCCUGGGGUGGGACUGUGGCAUCUGAUAUCCCUGAAAGACCUCUGCAUUUCUGAGGUGGACAGGGGUGGGUUUGGGGAACGGCAGCAGCAGCGGCCGGAGCAGGAGCAGGGUCAGGGGCAAGCCCUGACUCUUGGGCCGUUUCUCCCCCCUGCUCUGGAGUCCCUGACUCUUGGGCCGUUUCUCCCCCCUGCUCUGGAGUCCCUGACUCUUGGGCCGUUUCUCCCCCCUGCUCUGGAGUCCCUGACUCUUGGGCCGUUUCUCCCCCCUGCUCUGGAGUCCCUGACUCUUGGGCCGUUUCUCCCCCCUGCUCUGGAGUCCCUGACUCUUGGGCCGUUUCUCCCCCCUGCUCUGGAGUCCCUGACUCUUGGGCCGUUUCUCCCCCCUGCUCUGGAGUCCCUGACUCUUGGGCCGUUUCUCUCCCCUGCUCUGGAGUCCCUGACUCUUGGGCCGUUUCUCCCCCCUGCUCUGGAGUCCCUGACUCUUGGGCCGUUUCUCCCCCCUGCUCUGGAGUCCCUGACUCUUGGGCCGUUUCUCCCCCCUGCUCUGGAGUCCCUGACUCUUGGGCCGUUUCUCCCCCCUGCUCUGGAGUCCCUGACUCUUGGGCCGUUUCUCCCCCCUGCUCUGGAGUCCCUGACUCUUGGGCCGUUUCUCCCCCCUGCUCUGGAGUCCCUGACUCUUGGGCCGUUUCUCCCCCCUGCUCUGGAGUCCCUGACUCUUGGGCCGUUUCUCCCCCCUGCUCUGGAGUCCCUGACUCUUGGGCCGUUUCUCCCCCCUGCUCUGGAGUCCCUGACUCUUGGGCCGUUUCUCCCCCCUGCUCUGGAGUCCCUGACUCUUGGGCCGUUUCUCCCCCCUGCUCUGGAGUCCCUGACUCUUGGGCCGUUUCUCCCCCCUGCUCUGGAGUCCCUGACUCUUGGGCCGUUUCUCCCCCCUGCUCUGGAGUCCCUGACUCUUGGGCCGUUUCUCCCCCCUGCUCUGGAGUCCCUGACUCAGCACAGACGUCCGUAUAACGAGCAGAGCCUGUCCCCUUGGGCCUGCUCUACAAUCACACAGCUCAAGUUGGUGAACGUUCUCUGCCCACCAGUCCCGGACUCAGAUUGCCUCUUUCCGAACCUGAGGGUCUUCCAAGCCAUACGCUCCACUGCUCAGGACCUUGGAGUGCCUCUCUUCAUUCACGUCUCUGCGCUUUCUAAGGCUCUCCAACGUGGGAUUGAAGAGGGGAUGGACCGGAAAAAUCACCUUCCCGCCGAAGUUGACAACCUUGGAGAUUCACGAGUCAAGCUUUUCAUGCCUGCCUAA